AUGGAUUUGCUGGCCAACAUUCUCACAGUUAUCAUCCUGUCUCAGCUGGUACUGCGCCGUCAAAAGUCAUCCUACAAUUAUCUCCUGGCUCUUGCCUUGGCAGAUAUACUCGUCCUCCUUCUUAUUGUGUUUGUUGACUUUCUAUUGGAAGAUUUCAUCCUUGGAACCCCUUUGCCACCAUCUCUGAAAAAAACAGUGCAGAUACUAGAGUUCUCAUCCAUGCACACCUCCAUUUGGAUUACUGUGCCCUUGACAGUUGACCGCUACAUUGCUGUUUGUCACCCCUUGCGCUACCACACAAUGUCCUACCCAGCCCGUACUCGCAGAGUGAUCGUAGCUGUAUAUACUGGAUGUCUUCUGUCUAGUGUGCCGUUUUAUUGGUGGCCUGAGCUGUGGCAUGGGCUUUCAAGGGGAAGUGGAGAAAGCAGCAACAGUGCAGGACAGCAUGUGCUGGUUUGGGCACACUGUACAACUGUCUACUUGCUUCCCUGCUCAGUUUUCUUCUCACUUAAUGCAUCAAUUGUGCAAAAACUCCGUGGCAGGCGCAGCUGCUUUCGUCUUCGCGGCUUCUCCACUGGAAAGACGACUGCCAUUCUGCUGGCCAUCACGUCUGUGUUUGCUGUUCUGUGGGCACCACGUACCAUCAUGGUCCUAUAUCACCUGUAUAGUGCACAGCCAGCCCGGCCCAGCUCAGCCCGUCUGCUCCACUUGAUCACUGAUUUGUCCAACAUGCUGGCACUUCUUAACACUGGAGUAAACUUCUUCCUGUACUGCUUUAUCAGUAAGCGCUUCAGAGCCAUGGCUACCACAGUCCUAAAGUCAUUUUUCUGCUGCAAAAAACAGUCACCUGUCUUCUAUGCUACCCACAAUUUUUCCAUCACCAGUAGCCCCUGGAUCUCACCAGCCAAUUCCCACUGCAUUAAAAUGCUUGUUUACCAGUAUGAUAAGAAUGGCAAACCAGUUUGCAUGUCAUCUUGAGCAUAGACAUUAGUUACUGAGCAAGCCAA